AUGGCAUACCCAAGCUCUCUCGCCUCCCUUCAAGUCCGCGAGGCCAUCAGCGACGCCCUAUACCGCUGCGUCCUCGGCCUCGACACCGCCAACAAGCACCUCUUCGAUUCCGCCUUCACCCACGACGCGAGCUUCGACCUCAACGGCACCGUCAUGUCCGGCCUCGACGCCAUCACCACCGGCUGCUACGACUCCAUCUCCAAGCUCGACACCACCCAUUUCAUGUCCAACGUCCGCGUCGACGUCGGGGCGGGCACCCCCACGGCCUCGAUGACCGCCUCCGCGCUGGCGCAGCACUACCGCAGCAAGCAAGGUACCGAGCCGGGCGCACCGCGUCUCCUGACUGGGAGCUUGUACUCCCUCGACCUGCUUGAGGACGACAAGGACGGGCUGUGGAAGAUUAAGCACUGGAAGCUUCAUCUCGUCUGGGCCGAGGGCGACUGGGGUAUUUUGACCGGGAAAUAA